UAAGACUAAAAGAUUAAACUAAAACUCUCAUUCUUAAAUCUUAAGGCCAAUGAAGGGUCGUAUUAAUAUAAUAUUUCAUUUCUUGAACUUCUCUAUGAUGAGUUGUUAAUGGACCCAUCUUGGCUGCCUCCAUGAACUCGGUGUUAACUGCAGGGAGAAACAGAACCAGAAGAGAAGCCUUCACUUCUCCUCAAUCCUUAAGUCCUUCUCAAAAACCCAAUUCAGAGAAAGAAGAAUGGAGCACGUCGAAGGUUUAUCUGAAGGGGAAUGGAGCUCUUUUAGUGGAAUGUUCUCCACUGAUGAGACCGAUUUCAUGGCACAGUUGCUUGGGAACUACUCUGUUCCCAAUGAUCAUGAAGCUGGAUCAACCUUGAGCUUGGGGACUUUAUCGUCGCUUUGGCCUGGUCAUGAAGCCGCCUCCGGUGGCAAUGCUAAUGGGAGUGAUCAUGAGAGCACAUACUAUUGUUCAGAUACUGUUAACUCUAGUUUGAUCUGUUACCCUCAAGGGAGUAGCUAUAGCAGUGGUAGUAGUAGUCUCUUGCUACCCACUUCAGGACACAGCCACCAUGGCCACUACUAUUUGAGCAAUUCAAAUCCAAUUUUGGUGACCAAUAGUAACUCCAUGUCCAUGGAUUUCUCUAUGGUCAAUCCCUCCAUUCAGGUCUUUACUGAGAGCCCAGUGGAAGAGAAUUCCUGCUUGAAUGAGGAAAUGAGCAGUGACGGUGCUCAUGAGUCUGGUGCAUCCCCUGAAGCAGCCAUCAUUUCUCUUCGCGAAAAGAAACUUCAACAACUGAAGAGGAGAUCUGUGAUGCCGGAACCUAAUGUCAGCACAGAAGACAAAUCUGAGUACCCAAGGAAGAAACCUCGCGUUCCAUCAGGAGAAGCUCAAAGGACUAAGAAGAAUGUGCAAUCAAAGAAAACCCAGAAGCUGAACCUAAACAGCAAUGAUGAAGAAGAGAAUGCUGCAACUGGGCAGACUUCUAGCAGUGACUGCUCUGAGGAUGACUCUAAUGCUUCACAGGAGCUAAACGGAGCAGGAGCGACUUCAAGCUCCAAAGGUUCUGAAGCUCUAAACUUAUUGAAAGGGAAAACAAGGGCCAGUAGGGGUUCAGCCACUGAUCCACAAAGCCUCUAUGCUAGGAAGCGAAGAGAAAGAAUCAACGAGCGGUUGAGAAUUCUACAAAACCUUGUCCCUAAUGGCACAAAGGUUGAUAUCAGUACAAUGCUAGAAGAAGCUGUACAAUAUGUCAAAUUUUUGCAGCUCCAAAUCAAGCUCUUAAGCUCUAAUGAUCUAUGGAUGUAUGCUCCCAUUGCUUACAAUGGAAUGGACAUUGGACUUGACUUGAAGCUAUCUACAACCAGAUGAUAUUGAUGAUGAUUCAUGAUUUUGGAAGCCAUGCAGAGUGUGGUGCUAGAACUAUGCUAGUUAAUAAAUCAAUCCAUUUUCUACUGGGGUUAGGAAGAUUUAAAAUGACACAUAGAAAAGAACAGAAAAAAAGUGACUAUUAAUUCAUAGACUUCUAUCUUGUAAUGGAUUGAUUAUCCAAAUAAGAAAUUCAGAAAA